AUGGCAGCCAUCCUGGGCGGCGACGGCGGCCUAGGCGAGAUGGGACAAUUUCCCCUGGAACAGUGGUUCUUCGAGAUGCCACCGUGCACGCGGUACUGGACGACGGCGACCGUGCUCACCGCCGUGCUCACGCAAUGCAAGAUUGUGAACCCACUGCAACUCUACUACAGCUUCCGCGCCGUCUAUGUCAGGUCACAGUACUGGCGCCUCCUGACCACAUUCACCUACUUCGGGCCCCUGAGCCUCGACCUGCUCUUCCACCUCUUCUUCCUGCAACGCUACUCGCGCCUCCUCGAGUCCAGCUCCGGUCCCAGCCCGGCAACCUUCUCCUGGCUCCUCCUCUACGCCUGCACCUCCCUCCUCGUCCUCUCCUCCACCCUCUUCUCUACCGGCUCCCUCCUCUUUCUCGGCUCCUCCCUCUCCAGCACCAUCGUCUACAUCUGGAGCCGGAGGAAUCCGGACACCCGAUUAUCGUUGAUGGGGUUGUUGGUCUUCACCGCGCCCUAUCUGCCCUGGGUGCUCAUGGCGUUCAGUCUCGUCAUGCAUGGCUCGGUGCCCAGGGAUGAGAUCUUGGGCGUGGUCGUCGGUCACGUUUGGUACUUUUUUGCUGAUGUCUGGCCGGGAUUGUAUGAGGGCCAGAGACCGAUGGAUCCGCCGGCCUGGUGGGUGAGGUUGUGGGAGGGGAGAUUGAGGGUGGAAGAAGAAAGUGAGCCCAGAGGGGUGGAUGGCGAUGUGGCUGCGGCGGCGGCGGCGGCAGCGGUGGGACCACAAGCUGGGGAAGUGAGAUGA